AGAAACCGCCCAUCACACACCCCAGCACACCAGUGGAGGAAACUUAUAACCUCGGGAGGCAGUCCCUCCCCUCACUGUGGUCACAUACCUCCAGAAGAGCGGACCAAGGCUGCUGCCAGCUCCUGCCACUCAGGGCGUCUGCCUCUGUCGCUGGGACUCUCAAGAACUCUCUUCGCUCACAAAUCACCAGAAAAGCCAAAAUGUUGGUGUUACUGGCUGGUAUCUUUGUGGUCCACAUCGCCACUGUCAUUAUGUUGUUUGUUUCCACCAUUGCCAAUGUUUGGGUGGUUUCAGAUGAUAUUACAUCAUCCGUAGGUCUUUGGAAGAACUGUACCGGGGGUAACUGUGGCCAAGAACUUAUGUAUAGCAAUGAUGAUGCCCUCAAGGCUGUGCAGGCCUUCAUGAUCCUCUCCAUCAUCUUCUCUGUCAUCUCCCUCCUGGUCUUCGUGUUCCAGCUCUUCACCAUGGAGAAGGGAAACCGGUUCUUCCUCUCAGGCGCCACCAUGCUGGUGUGCUGGCUGUGCAUUAUGGUCGGAGUGUCCAUCUACACUCAUCAUUAUGCCAAUAGCAAUAGGAACUUUUUCUCGAACAGCCACCACGGCUACUGCUUCAUCCUGACCUGGAUCUGCUUCUGCUUCAGCUUCAUCAUUGGCAUUCUCUAUCUUGUCCUGAGAAAGAAAUAAAGCUGAACAAGUGUAUGGGGACCUGGGGGGGUGGGAGGAGGAAGCAGUUGAAUCUGGGAGGGAAGUGGAAGUCAUUGGGCCAGAAAAACCAAGAGAGGGGAGGGAAUGGGGAAGGGGAAGGAAGGGUGGGAGAGGUCUAAGCUCAAACUAUUACUGGGAAGAUUCUCUAUGGUCUAGCCCCUGCCCUUGGGAGAAAGUCAAUGACUUGUACUUUGAUGCUCCCUGAUAGGGGCCAGAGGGCCUCCCUCCAGCCACCAGACUUGGCCUCCAGCUUGGCCUCAGUUACACGCACUUCCUGAGAUCCCAUCAGCUGCCAUUCUAUUGGCUCCACUUCUGAGGGUGAAUCUGGGUCACACACUGGAGAUCUUGCAGACCUACUGCACCAAAGCGGUACAAGUUCUGGCUGGAGCAGAUACUCUCUCUGUGCUGACUGUCUAAGUCUGGAAACCACCCUGCCCUCUGACCCAAAGCAAAUUAUCACUUUACCAUAUGAAGUGCCUACAGGAAGGCUUUGGCCCGCGAACCAUUGUCCCUCUUUUGUGGAGAUGCUUAGCUCCAUAGAAUUGGGUGGCAUUUGUGACAAUAGCAGAGAAGAGAGAUAGUUUAUAGGGCCAAGUUGGUGGGUUGGCUAAAUCAGGGGCGGGGCGGGGAAGAAAAAAGCUUUUCACCAUGGAAGGCCUGGGGGAUGGGCAGAGCCCAGGCCAGACCUCUUACAUUCUGUCCCUCAUGGAGACCUCUUCCCACAGACUCUGCUAGGCUCUCAUUUAAAGCGAAGGCAGCUCUUCUGGAGUUUCUCUAGAGCAAUCAAUGAACAAUUCAGUAGUGAAAGCCCCACGCGGAUUGUGGGAUCAAGGGACACUCUUGCCACAGUGCUAUGCCAGGGUUAUGUUUUUAGGAUUCCCCUCAAUGCAGUCCUAACAGGAGAGAAAUGGGCAUGAUUUCAUGUAAUACACUCCUGUUAUUCUUUUUCUAAAUUAUGAACUCUGGAGGAAGUUUUGUCUAAUUAUCCAUACUGGGGGGUCAGGGCUUCAAGGUCAGGGGUCACUCUAGCUUUGGCUGGAAUGGUCACCUCUCAGAGGCCCUGCCCAUCCCACUUCCCAGGUGAGGCAUAGCAAUUCUGGGAGCAAAUUCACACACACACACAUACACACACACACACACACACACACACACACACCAAAACCAAACAACAGGUCCUUGGGUGAAAGGUGCUAUAUAAUUGCAAAGUAUUAAUCAUACUAUAUUUUAGUCAUAAUAAGAACAGAGUGCCUGCUCCCAGGAAAAUAAAAAUCCCAUGAGAUAAAUAAAAAUACAGGUGAUGGGAAGAUACUUUCUUAAAGAACAAAAACUCUUGGGGUACCCAGUCAGAUGGUAACCAAGCUAUCUGCAGCCACAGGAGCGUUUCUAUAUAGGAUUUAGAAGUAGUAUGUUAUUCCUGGUUCAGCAGGCAGUGCUCUGCCCUAGAGCAGCUACUUUAAGCCAUCUCAGAUUCUACCUAGAGGAGUUUUUUUUUCUUUUGGAAGACUUUUCCUUUAUUGCCCUUAGAGGAAGAUCUACCCCAGGAAGAGUCUGAGACAUCUUGCCCCCUUUCUUUCUUCUAGCUUUCUCCUCAUCCAUUUCUUAUAUAACUUUCCUUUUUUAGGGAUUUGUUAUGCCAUAAUUGCUGGUAUUUAUGUAAAGGGACUAUUACUAAGUAUAUUUCUCUAUGUUUAUUCUAGUUAAGGGAAUGUGGAAGGCAGACCACCAUGUUAUACCUGGACUGAGAGUAGAGACAUUGGCCAGAAAAAAAAAUCUGUGGAAUAAUGAACUUUUGAAUUAUGAUUUGAUUAUCACAUAAUUGUAGAGGGCUGUCUUAAGUGCAGAAUCAUACCUACAUAUCAGAUCUACCCCAAAGACAUCUUUCAUUUUGUUAAAAAGUUGAACUAUGACUGGAGCAAACCAUGUAUUCCCUUGUCUUUUACUUUUUUUCUGUGACAUUUAUGUCUCAUGUAAUUUGCAUUACAUUGGUGGGUUGUUCUAGUACUGUAUUUGGCUUCUUCAUUCAUAGAUUAUUUCAUAUGCUAUAAUUGUAAAUAUUUUGAUACAAAUGUUUAUAACUCUAGGGAUAUAAAAAUAGAUUCUGAUUCCCUUCA